UAGAAAUUGUCCCAGUUCCUGCUACUUCAGCCCACGUUUCCUAAAUCCUUUUAAAAUUCUCGAGUUUUGAUGAUGCAGGGGCAUAAAGCUGCAGUGAAGCUUGAAGGAUUCAAGGCUAGGUAAGGAUCGGUUUUCUCAAAAGAAACCACUCAAAGAAAAUUGAAGUCAUGUCGCGACAUGACUAUAAUUUCAGCCCUUGAAGCAAGCAUUGAUGCUUCAGCUACAUUCACUCUUAGUAACUUCAUAUUUUAUCAACCUGUCGUUUUACAUUUCUUUAAAAUAAGUAUAAAAGUACCUUGGUUAUCGUCGAAACGAAGUGAUAUUCUUUUUCCUACGCAAGAAAGUUUUAACGAAGAGAGACCAUGAAGCUGGUAAAGUUCGCGUUGUCUUUGGCAAUACUGAUUGAUCUGACAAAGAACGGAUAUUCGACAGACCCAGCGUGGAAAACGCUGUCAGAUCCAGGCGACAAUGCAGACGAAGAUGCUGGAGGUAGUCUGCAUGUUAAACCAGCAACAUUGCGGGCUAGUGCUCAGGCUUUUCUAACCAAGAGACGCACAAUAGGCGAAAGAAUGCGUUAUGACGUCAGGUCGCUCCAUCAUUGCGUGAAAGGUGUGCACGUUUACCCUGGCAAUGGCAGUCAAUUCUACGUUCACUAUAUAUGCCAUACUCACAGCAUACUGUGCGCGGACCAUGGAUACCUUAGGAACAGAUGUGAGCCUAGUGGCUAUGCUUACAUUCCCGCUCUGAGAAAGACUGUUACAUUGGGUUGUGAGUGUAAGGCUGAUUGACGAGGGCGGGUACAAGAACAUCAUCAUCAUCAUCAUCAUCAUCAUCAUCAUCGUAGUCGUCGUCGUCGUCAUCAAUAAAAUAAUAAUAAACAAAACGGUGGCGAGGAGACCUCCAAAAACCCACCAGGGUUAUAGCGUAGGUCCCCUCAGUUGUUAAUAUAGUGUAAAUUUUAAAAGGUUUUCGUGCACGGCAUGACCAAUUCACCAUUAUUUAAUUAAAAAUGUAAUGAUUUUUCCUUAAAGUUGGAGAAGCUUGUUGAACUAGUUAUAGAUAAUGGAAGAGAAUUCCAAAUUUUAGGGCCUUGUUAGAACUUUGUAAAGAUGCCCUUUGGAAGCAACGAACUAUAGCAAUAGUAAAAGUGAUAUUGACAAUUUCAAAACGGCUUUUAAAACGGAACCUCCCUUUAAUGUUUAUUUCCAUCGACCACAUUUUGACAUCAACUGUGGUAAAAUCAAGAAAUGUUGCUUACUCAUUUUAACAUCGUCAAAACAGAUUUUUCUGCAUAGCCUGGUUCCUGUAGGCGAUCUUGGGAUAAUGUUUUUAAAACAGGACAUUCGUGCCUUGUCUUAAUUUCAGGAAUCCUGAACACUCGAUCAGCCCUGCAUAAUGCAUGCUUACAUUCUUUCGUAAGCAAUGCUUUUGAUGGGAAAGAUAGAAUCUUUCAUAGAAAGAAAAAAAGAUAUUUUGACACACUCUAGCAUCCACAAGCUAGUAUGUCCUCUUAAAAUUCCAACUGAGAGGUAAAAUGGAGUUCUGUUGAAGAUUUAAAAAAGAAAAUUAAACUCAGUAUAUUUUUUUUCGAAUGGCAUGAAUUUUAUAAAAUCUCAUUUGCAUCAUGAGUAAUUGAAUUUGACCCGAAUAAUGAGACAGUUAUAGUCGCACGAAAGCCAAGAAGUUAAGUAGUACUUAAACCAAAUCGCGUGGUACGCCCUGCAGGUAUGUCCCUACCGUUUGACCAGUUGCACGACUCUAUAGAGUUCUACCAUUGACUAGACCUCUUCGUUAUCACUCGAAGUGUUUGUAAAAGAGAUGAAUCAGCAUCAAGUACUGAGUUACUUUAUUUUACGGAAAUGUGGCAAAUUAAGCGAGAACGAAAGUUCUGUUCUUAAGGUGAACCCUUUUAAGAGUUAUUUUUAGACAUGGUAUCCAGUUCUCCUGCGCUUAAUGUUGCCACGCACGUUUCUCGGAAGAGAAAAUGCCCAUGGAGGCGCAUUUCUGCUUUGUUAUCAGUUUAGAAUCUCGCCGAUUUGAAUUUGCGGCCAUCAUUUUCUUAUUUGGGUCAAACCUCGCAGAAAUUCGUAGGAAUUGAAUUAGCCUUUGGUCUUCCAAAUAAAAUUACAAACACAGUUUAUUAAAUAGAUCAGUUCAUUUUUACAAAAUGUGUCUUCAACAAAUAUGGACUGAAAUUUAAAUACUAAAGACAGUCAUGACGUAUUAUUUCACGCAGCGCAUGAUACGCUUUUAGCAAACACGCCCAACUGACUUGUGCCAUCCUUCUUGUUGCUUGAUAUUGAACUGGUAUAACCAGUGCGGUAAGAGAAACUUUCCAACAAAUUGGGAAUGUCAUGCGCGGUAGGACCAAAGGUGCGGCACCAAAGCAAAGGCACUGGUCCGUUGUGGACUGGAUCCAGAGCACUCAAGAAUCCCGGUGCCCAGUCCCCAGAUCAGUCUGAUCUGUCGGUUUUGUGUUUCGUGAGCGUUACCCUCCGUCGAAGCGUCCACGAAUUUCUAUGACGUUUCUCGCUCUCUAACCUCCCUUAUGUGAAGAAAGAAGUACAGUGUUUUCUUAAGCUGAAAUACGUUUGGUCUAGUAACAUUGUUUCAGCCGAAACAAGCUAUAUAUGUUGGACUGCAGCUUGCAGCGACAAGGUAUUCCAAAUUAAUUUCUCCUCUUGGCAAACCAAACUAGGACUGGGAAA